AUGGAUGAAUUGACACUCGUAAAUGGAGCACAUUCAAAGAACACGGUGGAAGUAUUAUACCAGCCAAUAAAUCUUGAGAUUCUCAUUAAUUCUUGUUUAAGGCGCCGAUUUACCCCAGCAAGUUUCAAAUUAUUGUUUAUUCAAUUUGAUACAAAGUAUAAUGUGUCCAUUGAUGAAUUCAUAACGGUGGUAUCGAAUUUCGCCACAUCAUUGGAAAAUGAAUUUCUCUAUGAAUACAUUUACGAAAUAGUGAUUAUGCUGCAUGGUUCCAAUGCUAAAAUAGGUCUAAGUUCUGUGUUUAGCAGGUUGAGUGAUACCAAUCAACUAUUUCAAGUCCAAUUUUUAAAUGGAAUAGUAAAUAAUAUGACAUAUCUCAAGAGAUUGGUGACACAAAUAUUUGACUCAUAUGACAAGGAGAAUAAUGGAAUAGGUCAGCUGUCUUAUAACGAGUUUUUCGUAAACUUGAACCAAUUCAUCUCCAGUGCAGAUACCGCACAAAUUGACCUUAUUAAAGAAAUAAUAUAUUUCCUCGGUGUUCUAAUUGAGACAAUAAUAUCAUUAAGCAAGUACCCAAACAAUAAAAUCAAAGACAAACAUGAUACGAAACAUUUGAAAGCAAACAAAGACUUGUUUAUGAUACCCAAGGAAUUUAUUGAGCACAUAUAUGAAUUCAUAAACAAGCUAUCACAAUCAAAUAAGGAACUCAGCUACUUAUGCACAUAUUUAGAGGACUUAAUCAAAAAGUAUUUCAAACAUUUGAAUCAUAUUUCUUCGCUAUCCUACGCCGGCUCAUCACAUAAUGCAUUCAAAGCCCUCAAGUUGAUAUGGCUCAAUAAUGUUAUCAUGAACAUGCGUAUCAACGAAGAAUUCUUUUUAUUGACAUUUGAAUAUUUUUUGAAAAAUGAAUUGAAGAUUUUGAAUAUUAGAAGUGAUGGCGAUGAUAUGAAAUUAUUGAUUAAUAAUUUAAUAGACACACUGAUGGAAAUGUACUGUGUAUCGAUUGUUAAUAGGUCACCAUUACAGAUACUCAAUAAAUGGAAAUUGUUCAUUGAGAAGCAAUUGCCACUAUUGAUACUUCGUAUAAAGGAGAAACGAGAAUGCUUGCUUGGAGAAGGUGAAAACAUGGAGAAAAUGGACCUCGAAGACCUCAAAUCUGAUGAGGAACUUGAAAAAUCAAUUAGUCUCUCAAAAACUUCCAGAACAUCUCCAUUUUCAAAAUCAAUUCAAGGUGCUAUUGUGGAAUCCAUCUCAUACUUGGAUUCGAAAAUUGUAAAAAUUUUAAAACUUUUUGCCAACGAUGAUCGACAAAAUAAGAACGACUUAAUCACAAAUCCUGAGGCAACACGCGCGGUAAUAGACUAUCUCAAAAUCCUAGAAAAAAGUGAAAAAGUUGAUAUUUUUGCCUCGCUUCCUCCAACUAUCGUUGAUAGUCGACAAAGUUUCUUGAGAAGUUGUGUCGCUUUGAAUUUGAUCACCACUGAAGAUUUCGCAUCUUGCUUAAGAGAUGAUGUGAAGUCAGAGAUGGUAAUAUUGAAUACAACCGAUGUUGCAAAAGAUCCUCAAAGCGGAGAAUUCAUCUAUGACCUAACAAAGCACAUUAACGAUAUAUUUCUAUCAAAAAAUCCAGAAUUUGAUGCUGUUGACGCAUCAGCCCUCACGAGAUUUUUAUACCACAUUCCUAGCUUUGAAGCCACUACACAAUAUCAAAUUUCACUCACUUUACUCAACACUUUGAAGUCACUAAUCUCCGACAAGAAGGAUCUAUACUUGAGGAGGUUGUCGCUCUCGUUACUCUUGAAUUUAGAAAGUUUGGAUAUUAUUAUUUAUUUUUUGAGUCCAAUCAGAUUUGUGGAGCCAAUAUUGAACUACUUAGAUAAUAUGAAAGAAGCAGAUGAUGGCGAGGAGGACUUGAACUUUCAAGAUACUUUCACGGAUUUUGGCUGUAUGUUUUUAUUUCUUUUUGCGAUAAUUAAGAGGUAUGGUGUUAACCUCGAAGAUAUAUUGGAAAUCAAAAGCCAAGACAAUUCAUUCUGUCUCUAUUUUCUAUCAAAAUCUGGCAAUAAGAAAGAUACUGGAGUGGAAAAUUAUCACCAAGAUAAAACACAUCUUAAUUUAGGUCAAGAAUUGAUCAAUAAUUGGAUAAGUGAAUUAUUUUAUUCUUCUAGCGGUAUAUCUGAUGAGCUAAUAAGCCAGUCUUCUGCUAAACAAUGCUUUAGGUUGAUUCCAGUUAUUUUCCAGCAAGCUUUUUUGGCAUAUAAACAAGGAUUAAUUGAUUUUGAAAUUUUCAAAAAUGGGGUUGAAUAUUUUUUCCAACCAUUCUUGUUGGCACCUUUGUUGGAUAUUUUUAAUUGGUUAGAUAGUUUAAUAUGGAGCUUAACACCUAUAAGAGAUGAAAAUGACAAGAAGGAUUUUCAAUUAAUUUUGAAUGUUUUGUCAUAUUUGUUGUUCCCAGUGGUGAAUGAAGAGGCAAAAGUUAUUCACGGUUUAAUUUUGCAAUUUGUUGCGCCAAAGCUUUUAAAAUCCAUCAGCACCGUGGAACAGAUUUAUAAUUCCGAUACUGUUUUGCGUAAUAGAUUAGGAGGACAAAUAAUUUUGAGUCCAAGAAUUUUUGAAUUAUUGAAACAAAAAAUCAACCAAAAUAGCUAUUCAUUUAAUUUGAGCUUAAUAGUUUCCAAUAAUCUAUUUACCAGCAAUGAUUUAAGGUUACAUUUUGAUAUUAAACUCUCGAAUAAUGAAAGUAACACGCAUGCAAACUCCAACAGCGUCAGUCAAAAUCCAGAGCCUUUUAACGAGUCUCCUUUCAGUCUACUUGAGGAACAGAUUAACUCUUUAGUUCUUUGGUCUUAUUAUUCCCAUCAAUCUUCAGGAACUCCUAAAUUCGAUCCUUAUUUAAUACAUUUAGCAGUAAUGACUGCGAGUGGGAAAGAGGUUAUAAAUUUCUUCAUCUCCAUGAUAAUUGCUUAUGAAAAAAUUUUAAGAGAUUUAUAUGUUUCAAGUACCAACACUGACUCAAAGGAGGGACUACUGAAUUCCAUAAACACCCAGAGCAGGAAUUUUGCAGUGGAACAACUAAAAAAGAAAAUUCUUGGAAGAAAAAAAGGACAGAGUCUUACAAACCAAAACAUCCAUGAAAUCAUCUGUGCUCUUGUGGAUGUUCUUGCGACUCAUAUUGCUAGUUACUGUGAUACUAGCGACAGGGAAAGAGUUAUCUAUUGGCAAAAUAACCUAUCAAUAGCACUGGCUGGAGAGGAAUCAACCGUUGUUGAUAAUACUGAUAUUAAAAAUGAAAAGGAUGAUAGUCUGUCGCCAGAAGCCAAAAUGAUUCAACAAAAGAAUACAGAAGUAAUAAAACCUUUGAAUAACUGUUCGCACAAGGGCAAGAGAUCUUUUGAGCUGUCCCAGGAUGAGUUAUUUAUUGCUCUUAAACAAAUACAAAAGGAGCUUGACGCUGGUCAAUCCAAGUCAACAGGGGAAGUGAAAAGAAGAAGACAAGUGACAGAUAAUGGGGAAUCUAGAAAGAAGACAAGAACGGUUAAAUUGUUAAUUGAUGGUGUACAGAAUCAACUACUGCAAUUUACCUAUAGUUCCAAAUUGAAUUGA